AUGUCUGCCCAAACUGCUCUCUUGAUUGGUGCUUCUGGUCAAACAGGCCAACAUCUUCUGAAGGAACUUCUCAAUUCGCCCAAAUUCUCGCAAGUCUUCGAAUAUGGUCGUAGAGUGACAGAUCUAGAGACAAUUUCUCAUGGGAAGGAGAAGCUUCAACAGAAAGUCAUUGAUUUCGAAAAGUUGAACGAGUCGGGACUGAAGGACGGACAAUGGGAUGUUGUUUUCAUCACAUUGGGUACAACACGAAAGAAUGCAGGAAGCGCCGAGGCUUUUGAGAAGAUUGAUAGAGAAUAUGUAAUCAACUCUGCCCGGGAAGCCAGAACAGACGGCAAGGAUCAGCGUCUUGUAUACCUCUCAUCUGCUGGUGCCGAUGCAAGCUCUUCCUUUCUCUACACCAAGAGUAAAGGCUUAACGGAACUCGGACUAGCAUCCUUAGGAUACAAGGACACGAUUGUAUUCCGUCCUGCAGUGCUAGCAGGUGUGAACCGACCGGAAAGCCGACCGUUCGAAACUUUCGGAAGAUACGUUACAAGCGUUCUGUCUCACGUCACUUCAAGCGUUGAGAUCAAGGUUGGGACUCUUGCGAAAUCCAUGGUGAAGGCCGGUAGCCUGGGCUCCGCAUCGCUUCCUGCCAUCGCUCAUGCGACGCAGGAAGGUAAGGAAGGUGCAUUUUUUACCGUGAUAAGAAAUCUAGGUGCUAUUGCACUUGCAGAUUCUGAGUUAUAG